UAAAUUUGUAAUGAGGAGAUUAUUAGGAACGCGCUGCAUCCGUCGUUGGAAUUAGCUCUCCUACCCCAACUGCACGCCAUUUAAUAAGCCUACUUCCCAACCUCCUCCUUCAAAACCCACUUCAGACCCAGAUAACUUUCGCCAUUUUUUAAUAAAAUCCUUUAGCAGAUCUCAUCAUAUAACCAUUUCUGGGUUCUGGGUCCUCUCAUUCUGCUAUUUCAGGAUCUGGGUUGAAAUCGCAGUGGGGUUAAUUUGGCUGUGAAGAUGAAGGUCUCGGUAGUUUCUCGCAGUGGGAGAGAAGUUGUUGACGGCGGCAUUCAACUAAGCGAUUCUGCUUCGGUGGCGGAUCUGCAGGAUGUGAUUUACAAGCGAACCAAAAAGUUCUACCCUGCUAGGCAGCGGUUAACUCUUCCAGUUCAACCUGGUUUAAAGGAGAGGCCUACCGUUCUUAACUACAAGAAAAGCCUCAGAGAGUAUUGUAGCAACAACUCAGACAACAUAACUGUUGUCUUCAAGGACUUGGGUCCACAAGUUUCUUAUCGUACUCUCUUCUUUUUUGAAUACUUGGGCCCCUUGAUCCUCUACCCCAUCUUUUACUACUUCCCUGUCUAUCAGUUCUUCGGCUACAAGGCCGAACGUGUCAUCCAUCCAGUUCAGACGUAUGCAAUGUACUACUGGUGUUUUCACUACUUCAAACGAAUCAUGGAAACAUUUUUCGUGCAUAGGUUCAGCCACGCGACCUCACCGCUUUCGAAUGUGUUUCGAAACUGCGCUUACUACUGGUCUUUUGGUUCGUAUAUUGCAUAUUAUGUUAAUCACCCACUUUAUAGCCCUGUUGGUGACCUUCAAAUGAAGAUUGGGUUUGCAUUUGGUUUGCUGUGUCAAGUGUGUAACUUCUACUGUCAUAUUUUGCUGAGAAAACUGCGGAGCCCUGAGGGGAAUGGGGGAUAUCAAAUCCCAAAGGGGUUUCUGUUCAACAUUGUGACAUGUGCAAACUACACAACAGAGAUAUAUCAGUGGGUAGGCUUCAAUAUAGCUACACAGACUGUUGCUGGUUACAUCUUUCUUGUGGUUGCUACUCUUAUCAUGACUAACUGGGCCCUUGCAAAGCACCGUCGCCUCAAGAAGCUGUUUGAUGGGAAGGAGGGAAGGCCAAGGUACCCACGCAGAUGGGUGAUACUUCCUCCAUUUCUGUAGAAGGAUUGAUUGGGCGGCCUCAGAUCCGUAUCUUAUCGAGUUGGUAGCUCCAAGUUUAAAAUGUCCCUUGAAGAACACCACAAGAUAUCAUUUUCUCAAUGUAUUUGAUGUUCUUUGUGGUUGUCUUAACAGUACUUUGCCUUGUUCUUUGUGUUGUAUGGGAAUCAAAAUAAAUUAUUAUUUAUUGGGACAUUUUUAUUA